AUGGGUCAAAAAUUUCACUAUUCAUUCUUUCGCAUCUCCAAGGACAGCAACCUCAAAGCAUCCGUCGAGAAAUACAAAAAUCUACGCCUACAAGCACUCAAAAUCGCACCGGGCUCAUUUUCAUCAACCUUGGAGAUCGAAUCAGCGCUACUGAAUACCGAGUGGGCAGCUCGCCUUACAUCCGACAAAACAGAGACAUUUGCAUGUAGCGCGACACCUGUGCUAAACGGUGAGAAGCAGCAGUUUACGACCACGCCAACUGCGCCAGCCACGUGGGUUGCCCAAUUGACUCUCAGGGGGCCACUAAGCAGCGAGGAAUUUGCUUUGCCGGCAGAGUCUGGGCAGAAGCCAAGCGGAAGAGGCGAGUUCGAGGAAGAGCGAUGGCAGAUGCUCAGUCUUUUCACACAUCCAGAGCACCGUGGUCAGGGGCUCGGUCGUAAACUCUGCCAGGAAGCUCUGGAUUAUCUGCGGGUGUAUCGCAAGCGUCCGUCUGUGGUGCGCGUGAGGCUCAUGGUGAAGCCCGACAAUCAUGCGACGGUGGGCCUGUACCAGAAACUGGGGUUUGAGGAGACUGGAAGGUGUACAUUGGCAGAGGCGUUGGUGGCGAAUGGUGAUGCUGCGCUGCUACCAGAGGAUAUUAGCGGAGAGAAAUAUACAACUCGGAGUGGGCUGAUUAUGACGGGCCUCGACAUGCUUGUUCGCUAUGAGCUGCCGCUAGUAAAAAAAAAACUUCCCGCCAUGUCUGUUUCCGACAUUGUUGCAGUCUCGCGCCCAUCAUCACCAGUCGCUCGACAGUCGACGACAAAAACCCUGUAUGCUCGGCCAUCGCAGAUGAGCCUUUUUGCCCGCCUGGUUUCUUACCCGCCACUGGCGGAGGUGACAUGUGUCAAGAGACCGCGCAAGUCGUCUACUUGCCCAGACCAAGACAAGCUCCGGUUUACCGUUGUGCUUUCUUCAAGUACAUCUUUUCUAGAACAAGACUGGAAGGUUGAUAUAUGGCAUAACAUCCUGGACAAUGCCAACUGGGUUGCUCUACCUCUAGUGAAAUGCGAGCCGGAAAAUACCACGACCAUAAUCGGGGAGCACCGUAUCUCGCGAGCAUUCCAUCACUACACAUUCUCUUCCGAGAUCGAACUUCCGCCGACUGCAGGAAAGGCUAAUUUUACGAUCCGAUACAAGACGGGCAAUGAUGCCGAUUGGCACUGGGCUAGUCAACGAAGAUAUGUCAAGGACGGGGAGUUGGUAUGGGGACCAAAAGGCCGGAUUUUGAAGCCUUUGUCACUUCCUCUGGACUCAACAGAAACUGGGACCACAUCUGAAAAGACACCAAGGGACGAGAUCAGUGAAUACAUAGAGAACUUGUCAAGCGAAAUAGACGUCGAAGCAAGAAAAAGUGAGGCACCGGGUUCACUACUUUGGAGCAUUGCUGGAAAAGUGCCAGCUGCAGAGGGUGAGACCUCAGGGAGGAAGAAUUUGACACUUGGCCUUCCAAAACUAUAUCUGCGCCACUUCUGUCUGGUUCGUGUAUGGACUCCAUGGCUUGGUCCUAGACACGGCCAAGCCAAAUUUCAAACGAAUGAAGACGCCGUUUUGUGCUCCUUUCUCAGAUCCGACGGCCUCAACUUAGUUCUGCUGGGUGUCUCCGGGAUCAGCAACGUCUUGACGGUAUUCCGAUCCGGCGACAAUGGCGAGAUUAUAGUCGACGCGAGAAAUGAUAAUAGUGAAGAAGCAAAAUUCGAAGUACUUGCCUCUGUUGGGGAGGACUUUGAGGUCUGCAUAUCGGCAUUAAUAUAUGAAGCCCGGAAAGUUGCCCGCGGCUUCACCACCGAAGUUGCUUUGCCAAUAAUUUCAGAUACGCCCCCGGAGCCAGAUUCUCCUAUCGGCGACGAUGUCGUCGUGGUGGAAAAGGAUGUAAGGACACAGUGGCUGGCUGAUUGGUACGAAGGUCUUACAUAUUGUACAUGGAACGGGUUGGGCCCGAAAUUGACCGAGGACAAAAUCCUUCACGCUCUUGACUCAUUAAAGAGCCACGGAAUCAGUGUUUCAAAUUUGAUAAUUGACGAUAACUGGCAGUCCCUCGACAAGCAAGGCGAAGAGCAAUGGAGCCGCGGCUGGAAAGACUUCGAGGCCAAUGGUGAAGGGUUCCCAGCAGGACUAGGCAGCACAACAGCCAGGAUCCGACAAGAGAAUCCGAGCAUAGAGCAUAUUGGAGUUUGGCAUGCGCUGAUGGGCUACUGGGGUGGGAUUUCCCCUGAUGGUGAUUUGGUGAAGAAAUACAAAACCAAGGAAGUGAGGAAAAAAGAUCGUCAUGUCGGGGACACCAUGCUAGCAAUCGACCCAGACGAUAUCCAACGAUUCUACGAAGACUUUUUCUCAUUUUUGACGUCAAAUGGCGUCGACGCUGUCAAGACGGACGCACAAUUUUUCCUCGACUCGUUAGACAAUGCAGAAGACCGACGGCGGUUUAUCUUGUCUUACCAGGACGCGUGGACAAUAGCAUCAUUGCGGUACUUUGGCACCCGGGCCAUCUCAUGCAUGUCAAUGACCCCGCAGCAUAUAUUUCAUUCGCACAUACCAACAACUAAGCCCCGCAUCCUGCUAAGAAACUCGGAUGAUUUCUAUCCUGAUGUGGCAGACUCGCACCCAUGGCAUAUAUUCUGCAAUGCGCACAAUGCCUUGUUGACUUCUCACCUGAAUGUGAUUCCGGACUGGGACAUGUUCCAGACCGAUCACCCUUACGCGUCGUUUCAUGCUGCCGCCCGUUGUGUCUCUGGAGGACCUAUUUAUAUCACCGAUAAGCCCGGUCAACACAAUGUUAAACUGAUUCAUCAGAUCACCGCGCCUACGACCAGGGGUACCUCCACUAUUCUACGUCCCAGCGUAGUCGGCCGGACAUUGGACGUCUACCACAACUACAAUGAGGGGAAUAUCCUGCGUAUUGGAACAUACAGCGGCUGGGCUCGCACCGGGAGUGGCAUUAUCGGGUUGUUCAACAUUAGCCCUGCAGACACUGCCUCUAUUGUUCCACUCAUAGCUUUCCCGGGCGUGGACUCGUCGUCUCCCAGCGGUGACCAUGAUCGGUAUGUCAUCCGAUCAUUUUCGACAGGAAUUAUCAGUGAUAUUAUGACUCCAUCGUCGGGGCCUCAUGCCAUGGUCUCAGUCUCGCUCGAAUCCAAAGGCUGGGAGAUACUUACUGCCUACCCGGUUCGGUCGUUUACUCUUGAAGGCAGCCGCGGCUGCUCAACAUCGUCCUCAAUGGUGUCACUGAUGACGCAUGUUGCUGUGCUGGGCUUGCUCGGAAAGAUGACCGGUGUGGCCGCCAUCGUGAACUCGGAUGUGCGAGUGGUCGGAAGCGGAAGGCUGCAGUUUGAUAUCAACCUCAAGGCUCUGGGCGUACUUGGCAUUUAUCAUUCUGCUCUUGAGACCAAGGAUAUCGACGACCAUGUCAUGGUAAUGGUCUCCGGGCUUGCAGUGCCCAGGCAAACAGUCUGGAAAGAUAGAGACAAGGUCCUCGCGGUAGAUGUUUUCCGGGCAUGGAGUGCUCUGGGAUUGGAUGCCGGCUGGAGUAACGAGGUGCGAGUGCAGGUAUUCAUUAGUUAG